CCACGGCUGCGAUGCGAUGGGUAGGGACAACUGACGUAUAUAAGGUGGCGUCAUAUGUGAAAGAUCAAGCAAGCUAUCUGUGACAUACUUUCCUCCUAAUCCACUAUCAUCAUGAGCGGAAGACUAGCUUCAGAGUACAGUACCUGGAAGAAGCUCCAGCAGACGUAUGACGUCCAACAUGCCAGACUCAUCCUGAAGGAUCUUUUUGCUCAGGAUCCCAACCGUUUCUCGAAAUUCUCCGAGGAGUAUGUGGACCCAACCGACAAGAACACGACGUUCUUGCUCGAUUACUCUAAACACCUCAUUACCCAACCCAUCUUAGAUACGCUCCUAUCUCUUGCUCGCGAGGCAGAGCUCGAGACAUACCGCGAUAAAAUGUUUGCUGGCGAGCACAUUAACACAUCAGAAGAUCGCGCCGUCCUUCACGUUGCUCUCCGCAACUUCGAUGAUUUCAAGAUCCAGGAGGCCUGUGGUUCAUGGAAGGGCUACACUGGAAAGACAAUCAACACGAUCGUCAAUAUCGGUAUUGGUGGUUCUGAUCUCGGACCAGUUAUGGUCACUGAGGGACUCAAACCUUACGCAAAACGCGACCUGACCGCCCACUUCGUCUCUAACAUUGACGGAACUCACAUCGCUGAGACUCUCAGACUCUGUGACCCCGAGCGCACCCUCUUCAUCAUCGCUUCCAAAACGUUUACCACCCAAGAGACUAUCACCAAUGCCGAAUCCGCUCGCGACUGGUUCUUGGCCGCAGCCAAGGACAAAGCCCACGUUGCAAAGCACUUCGUCGCUCUCAGUACGAAUACAAAGGCUGUCACUGCGUUUGGCAUUGACAAAGCAAACAUGUUCGCUUUCUGGGACUGGGUUGGUGGGCGCUACAGCUUGUGGAGUGCCAUAGGCUUGUCCAUUGCCAUCUAUAUUGGCUAUGAUAACUUCGAGCAGCUCCUGAAGGGUGCUCACGGUAUGGACAAGCAUUUCAAGGAGACUCCCCUCGAGAAAAACCUUCCUGUGCUCAUGGCUGUCAUUGGCGUCUGGUACAACGAUUUCUAUGGUUCCCAGACUCAUGCACUCCUACCAUACGACCAGUACCUCCACAAAUUUGCUGAUUACUUCCAGCAAGGAGACAUGGAGUCCAACGGAAAGUUCGUUACCAAGGGCGGUCAACGUGUUAACUACCAGACAGGGCCUAUCAUCUGGGGUGCUGCAGGCACUAACGGACAACAUUCGUUCUAUCAGCUAGUGCACCAGGGCACGAAACUCAUCCCCGCAGAUUUUAUCGCCCCUGCCACAAGUCACAACCCCAUCGCCAAUUCCAAGCAUCACCGUAUCUUGCUCUCCAACUACUUCGCCCAACCCGAGGCGCUUGCCUUUGGUAAGACAGAGGAAGAGGUACGCAAGGAACUUGGCAAUGGUGCAAGCGAGGCGCUGGUGAAGAGCAAGGUGUUUGAGGGAAACCGGCCUAGCAGCAGCAUUUUGUUCCCAUUGAUGACCCCAAGAACCCUCGGUGCGCUCAUCGCGUUGUAUGAGCACAAGAUCUUCACCCAGGGUGUCAUCUGGGGAAUCAACUCUUUCGAUCAAAUGGGUGUCGAACUUGGAAAAGUUCUUGCGAAAAAUAUUUUGUCGCAGCUGAACCAGCCGUCCGAUGUGACUGGCCACGACAGUUCGACUACUGGUCUUAUUCACUACUACCAAAAGCACCGAAAAGAAUGAAUUGUGGUCUCAAAGCUGUAAUUUUACGAGCAGAUUGGAAAAUGGUACCGAAUUAUUCUCGAUAACAGUAGUUGAAUGGGAGUGUAAUUUUAACACAAUUUCAAAACUGCCUAUAGAUAAGAGACAGACCUCGGCCGAAUGACUCUGAGAGCCGCUGCACCAUGAUGUUGCGUAGACACACUCUCAUUCCAUCUAUCAAUGGCUUGUCUCAUUGACGGUCCGUGUAGCACCAUAGCUUAGUCGGCCACUCAGUGUCCUUCGGGCUUCUGUCGUAGCGUAGUACCCUUCACCAUUUCUUGCCUUGCUCGCGACACGCAGACACACGGUCGCGGAUACACCGCUCAAACGGACACCG